AUGAAGAUUUUUUUCAUCCUUACUCUCUUGGGUGCAGCAGUCCUUCAUUCUCCAGAAGCUAUUUUGGGAGACAUUCAGGACUUAGAUGAACAGUUGCCAGUUGAUUUCAAUGUUCCUUACAUGGUCUAUCUGCAGUCCAAGCCAGAGCCUUGUGUGGGAACUCUCAUUGACCCUCAGUGGGUGCUCACUGCUGCUCAUUGCUCCUUACCAGCUAAAAUCCGACUGGGAGUUUAUCAACCUAACAUCAAAAAUGAGAGAGAGCAGAUAUACAGUUACUCAUUGACGGUAGUCCAUCCUAAUUAUGACCCAAAUAUCCGGAAAAAUGAUCUGAUGCUGAUAAAACUCUCUUAUCCAGCUACUAUAAACACUCACGUGGGAACUAUAGCCAUAGCUAUGGAACCCAUGAUAUUUAAUGAAACCUGCUUUAUACCAACAUGGACCUGGAAUAACUACAAAAACUUCAGUGAUCCUGACAUCCUGACAUGGACAAAUCAGUACUCUCUCUCCCAAACUGAAUGCUGGCACAUUCUCCAAAAGCAGAAACAAGAAACAAGGAUGAACAUCAUGUGCAUAGGGCGUUCACCUAAUAUUAUAACUUCAAUUAAGGAAGUCUCAGCUGCUCCAGCCAUCUGCAGUGGGAGGCUUCACGGAAUUUUGUCCUGGGGGAAAGCAGGCAUAACCAAGGGAAGUGAGGGCUUCUUCACUGAAAUUCAUCCUUAUGCAAGAUGGAUCUUGAAAACGAUGCAUUCCAACUGA